AAUUGCUUUGCUUCUUUCUAUCUAGUCUGCACUUUCUUCUUUUCCGUCUUCUUUCUUUCUUUUUUUAGCGCCUUCUGCAACUCUUCUUUCUUCUCCUCCGAAAUUUCUUGCGUCGUGAGCUUUUCCUUUGCCGCUGCCGGUCUCUUGCCGCCGAUUGUUGCUGUGCUUUCUCCUUUCUGGCUCCCUCUUGUCGUUGCUGCCGUUGUGUCUGCUCCGAUUGUUUGGCCAGCAUAUAUAUGUGGAAAACGUCGGUGUCGUCUGCUUCGUCGGAGUCCGUCAAUUUUUCGGGCCCGUUUGGCUUUCAAUUCGUUUGGCCCGUCUGGCCCAUCAGAUCUGUCAAUCAAAAAACCCAUCCUCCUCAUCUCGAUUAUUCUUCAAAAAACUCACUCUCUCUGUCUCUUUUCUCCUCACUCUUUCUCACAAAAAACUCACUCCUGGGGGGAGAAUCCCUUGUGGGGGCUCCGGACGACUCUCCCUCUCUGCUCUUUUCUCACUCUAUUUCCCACUAUCAAAGCAUCCAUUUAUAGGCAGAUAAUAUCACUAUUCCCGGCCCAUGAAUGCUUUGAGACUUUUUCUUCGCAGCCUUUAAUGCCACACAUGCCUUGGCUAUCCAUGUUUUGCCGUUCUCCACAAUCAUUUUUUCCUAUCUAGAUCAAGCUUACCAUAUUUCAACAAAUACCACCAAGUAUAAGACAACUGCAAAUUGAUUUCGUUGAUCAAAUGGAAAUCCACCCAACUGAAAUGAGUCGAGGGGAGAAUGACUAUGAUGAGGAGGCUCUUCAGCGCCUUACAUCGGCCAUCAUUCAGAAAAUCGGUGAAGGUACCCAGAAAACUGAAUCCUUCUUCUCUUCAGCUCACAUAUGGAGGGUGCCCAGAGAGCUUCGUAAGCUGAAGAAAAGUGCCUACACCCCUCGCCUCAUUGCUAUUGGCCCUCUUCACCAAAAAGAUGAACACCUCCAAACACCCUUGCAACACGUUAAAAUGAGCUACACGAAUUACCUACUCCAGCGACUGACCGCAGGAAUGGAGGACCAAGAAUUAGCAGAGCAGAAAAAGUUCACAGUGGUACAAAAAUGUUUAGCGGAAAUGAAGACAUCAAUAGAUCAGGCAAAGAAAUGCUACGCAGCAGAAGUUACACUAGAUGAGGAAAUGAUGUUUGUCGAUGGUUGUUUCAUUCUCGAAUUUCUAUAUAGAGACCUCCAGGAUACCUUAGAGGGAGGAAAAACAGAUCCUAUUUUUGGUAACAGUUCAACCCUUCCUGACGUGAUAAAUGACUUGAUACUCCUCGAGAACCAGAUUCCUUUCUUUGUGCUUGAGAAGUUGUUUGCAUUCACGGUGGGUCAGAUCCCGAAUCGCCUCGACAACUUGCCACUCACCUAUUAUGUGCGGAAGUGCUAUAGCGGAUGGGUGAGAACACUACGAAAUUCCGACAACAGUGGUAGCGCCAGAAGUACUUGGUGUUCGCCCAGAGACUGUGUCCUUGGGGUUUUUGGUUGUACAGCAGAAGAAGAAGGUCAAAAGGGUAAUAUUGAUGAUCACCGUAGUACUGCCAAGUACUAUCAUAUCCUCCAUAACCUACAUGAUGGUUACCUUCCUGCUCAUGAUCAAACAAAACAGAUACUACUAGAUUUUGAUUAUAGAGAAAUGCCUUCGGCAUCGGAACUCGUCUAUGCAGGAGUCAAGUUUGUUCCCGAUGCUGGAAACGAUCUGUUCAAGUUCAAGUUCACUGAACCUAAAGGCCUAUUUCGGCGGUGUCAUAGGGCACGUUUCAAAAUCCCACCACUCGCGAUAUACGACGGCACGGAGGCGUUACUCAGGAACCUCAUUGCCCUUGAACAGUGCUGCCCUGGCGUUUCGCGGCACGUUUCGUCCUAUGCGCACGUCAUGGACACGCUCGUGAACACUGAUAAAGAUAUCCAAGCGCUCGAAAAGGCCGGAGUCCUGAGGAACUGCUUGGGUGCCACCCAGGACGCCACCGAUCUAUUCAACAACCUAUGCAAGGAAAUCGUUGCAGGAGAAUACUUCCUUGACACGUGCUGCGAAGCCACCGAGUACAGCAAGCGUUUUUGGCCGAAGAAUAUAGCACACGUGAGACGCACGUAUUUUGAUUCUCCGUGGACAUUCAUAGCUUUCUGUGUCGGCUUCAUUGCUUUUGUUAUAUCCUUGGUUGGAUUCGUCAGCGAUUUCGGUAAAAAAGGCUAAUGUAGCUGUGAAGGAACGAAGAGAUGGGGUCAAUAAAUCAAGUGGGUCGAAAAUUGGGUGUGCAUAUGUAUAUAUUGGUGUAGUUGGAACUUGGAAGUAGUAUUGUGCAUCUAAAACGAGUGUGUUUGUGUGAUGUAUAUUGAGAGAGAGAGAGAGAGAGAGAGAGAGAGCUAGCUGUGGGAUCCCCUUUGGGAGUUUCCAUUCCUCCCCUAUUGUUUGUAUGCGUGUGAUCAUUGUGUUGGAUUAUUUAUUUUUAUUUUUUAAAAAAGUUCGUCUGUGUGUGUUGUAUUAUUUUGGAAGAAGUGGUAAUAAUAUGGGUGUUGUGUAA